ACAUUUCUCGUAACGUAUUGCUCACAGUGUAGCGCAUUUUAGUCUGGUGUAGUCUGCUGGCAGCAAAGAUGAAACGUUUUAGCGGGCCUUCUACUUUACUGCUCUCCGGAGCAUCUAUAACUGUUUAUUUCUUAAUGAAUUAAAAAGAAACUAAUUGUGGUUUUGUUUGAAUUAACUUAAAAUAUCUUGGCGAAAAAUAAUUGUAUAUAUUCAAAACAAGGAAUAGAGUUCCGUAAAGAACGCCUUAGAAGAACUUUCAUAAAACCACAAAAAUAGAAUCUGAAGAACAGUUAUAUUUAUGGCAAAAAUGGCACUGAAGAACAGUUAUAUUUAUGACAAAAAACCCACUCACAUACACGCACACACAAAUCCCCCCCUCCAAAUUUGUCACUAGAUCCGCCAUGGGUAUGAUAAUGUAUCCACCCGUUCGAGCGCAGCACUGAGGCAGGGCUAAAUGCGAGAUUUAGUACGAAGAUUAGUUCUGGCGAGCCAAGCAUCACCAAGCGUGAACUAUGUUAUGUCAUGAAAGUGAUCUUAAUUUCUGUCAUAGUUGGACGUUGUUACGUGACGUAACUUACAUCAUGACUCGCCUAUAACCAUUCUUUACAAGUUAACCUUUCAUCUAUUUGAAAUUAAUUUUGCCAUGCCAGUGAAACUUCGAGAAGUUUAUCUUUUCAAGGCCCAAACAGAUGAUGACAAUGAUGAAUUUUCAUUUUCUAAGGUUAUUGAAGACACUGGCUUUCUUCCGAAAACCAUACCGGUAUUAGAUUUCGAAUAUUGUAAUUUAGAACUUUUGAAAGAUUGUUUGGCGAGACCGGCUGAUUAUUCCGGUAUUAUUUUCACUAGCCCAAGAGCAGUGAAAGCAGUAGUUAAAUGUUUAGAAUCAGCAGAAAAUUGUUUACCAGAAUGGAAAGAACACUCAAUGUUUGUUGUUGGUGAAUCAACCAAAAGAAUAUUAAAAAAUGAUUUGGGUUUAAUAGGGCGAUGUGGAAGUACAGAAAAUGCUCAGGGUUUGGCAGAGUGUAUCACACAAAAAUCUUACAACCAUCCACUAUUAUUCCCAUGCAGCGAUAUAAGAAGAAGUACUUUACCUUUAUGUUUAUCUCAGAAAAAUGUGCCUUACAGAGAGAUUACUGUGUAUUGCACACAAAAAAACCCUUGCCUGGAAGAAAUGUUGUGUAACGUUACUAAUGGAGGAGAAGAAUAUCCAGAAUAUUUGGUGUUUUUCAGUCCUUCAGGAGUAAAACAUUGUCUUCCGAUUUUGUUCCAGUUGAGCAUUCCACUCGGUGAUACAAAAAUUAUUGCUAUUGGGAAUGCAACAGCCUCAGCACUGAAAGAAGCAAAUAUUAUUGUAUGGGCUUGUUUGUCUAAGCCAGCUCCCCAAUGUCUUCUUGAAGCUCUUUUAGGUGAAGUGGUAAAAACCGAACGAGAUCAUCAUUAAUUUCCUUUUUAACUUAGCUUAUGUUUUAAUUUUAGGGUGAGGAGUAGCCUUUUAUGUAUAAUACAAAUUGUGUGCAAUAUAAACAGAAAUAUUAACUUAUCAUAGUAGAGGUCAAAUACAUUGGAUUAUUUGUGACAGUUGGAAUGUGAUUGUAGACUUGUUCAUUAUAAUACUUUAUGAACAUGACAUUUUAUUUCCCUACAAUGUUUUAUUUGAGUAAGAUAAACUGGAAUAGAUCAGAUGCAACAUGUUUGAUUUAUCAUUACGAUACUUAAACAAUUUUCAAAGUAUUUAGGCCUGUGUGUGAGCUUGUGAGUUUUACCUUUUAUGACUUGUUACUGAAUGUCUUUCGGAAAUUGUGGAUGCUUCUUGAACUGAUGGAGGAGAAGGGGGUAAAGGUGGCACAUAAUUUUGAGAGUAUUUUCAGUUCAGUCAUUGAGAUGAAUUCAGAAUCCUUUCAAAUUCAGUCAGCCUUCUUAUUGCUCAUUUUGAUAUUUCACAAAUGUUCACUCCUGCCUCAGAUGUGGCACAAUAUUCUGAGAAAAUUUUCUAUAAGCUCACAGACUUUUAGAUUACAAAAAAUAUUUGUAUGAAUCAAAAACAAAUCCUAUCCAUGUGUUUCUUGGAAACCUCUCUUUAUUGAGUUCGGAAUUCUACUACUAUCUUGCCUCUUGAUUUACAAAUCAGCGAUAUUUGUCAAAAAUUACUUACUCAAGGAUAGGAACAUAUUUUAAGCUAAUACUGAUGUCUAGAACUAUAACACCUUACAUAGUAAUCCUAUUCUUCAGGUGUCAGUAUCAACAGCUCACUACAAAAAAUUGACAUACAGUACAUGCACAAUCAUUUUACAGUGCUUUUCCAGAUGACGUUACACAAUUACAUUCAAUACACAAGUUGAAGUGCCAAGUAAAAUCUUUCCUGCUGCAUAACUGUUUCUGUACAAUUAGAGACCAUACUGAGCAUAAAAAAAGGAAAGUAAUAUUAAUUUUAACAAUAAUAUUGAAUGCAUUAAUUACAAUUUGAACUGUAUAAUUCUAAACAACUUAUAACAAGUAAUGUAUCUCAGUUUCUGAACCUCCCUCCAAUCGCGAUCUGGAUUUUCAUCCAAUUUUCAUGAUCUUUGGUGCAAUGCUGAGAUAGUCCCUUAUUUUGUUUCUGGACAUAAAUGUAACUUCAUUAUCUGUGCACGUCUUCUAGAGUUCUGUGGGUAAUAUAGUUUUUCAAUUAUCAUUCUGUGUGUUCUAAUGGCAUGUAGUCAAUUCUUUCACAAAGGGCACGAUGAGGAAUAAAAGCAAAUAUCUACAGCUUUUUUACCUUCGCAAGUAGUUUUGUUUGAUACUGGAGUGAAUUUUUCUUAUCAAUUCUCACCAAAAAUUCUUAUUUCCAUUAGUGGUGUUGAUUGGGAAGUUGUCUGUGUGUUUAACUUUUCAUAAGGAAUGUUAUGAAAUUAUAAGAAAACUUCGAAGCAAUAUAUUCCUUAUGAAAACUUUCUUCCAUCUGCAUUCAAAAAAUUAAACUGGUAUAUGUAUGGAUUAGGGUAGGGAUUCCAGAAUUUAAGAAAACAUGCUCAGAUACUCUUCUUUCCAUAGUAUGUCACACAACUUUUAACUGUUUUUGAUGGUAAAUAAAUAUAUAAAUAAGAAUUAUUCUCAUUCUUAUGGUAUAAAAUUCUUAAAAGCAUAUUGUUCAAUUUCUGUGCACACUGAGUGCUAUGGGGAUGCAACUUCAGUGUAUAUAGAAAUUCUAGCAGAUUUAUUUAGUGGCAUGGAGUGACUGUAGUAACAGCAACUCAUAUCUCCUCUGAGUGAAACAUGAAACAUAUAUGAAGCAUAGUUUGCUGCAUAUUUGUUAGUGUUCUUCAAAUAAUUCACAUUGUCAAUAGUUUGGCUGUAGAGUGAAACCAAUGUGCCUCAUUUGGGUGGCAUUCAAUGUAUUAUAAAUCGUCAGUUGAUAUUGUUGAGAAGAUAUGUAAUUCACAAUUAUGGUAUUUUUUCAAUCAUUAACAUUUUGUACAUAAUCUGGAAGACAGCAGCAACAGCAGGUAUGUCUUGAGCACAUGUAGAAUAGACAGUUCUGCAAGUCUCUCAUUUAUAGAAUGGUUGUGUCCUAAAUGGUUGAAAACUUGAGAUUCACAAUACACACUUACUAAACAUUUGUAGAUUUACAAUUCCAUUAUGAAGAUCUAGCUUUGUUAUUUUGAAACAUUAUUUAUGAUUUACCAGAGGCCUUCAGUAGAAAAACUGCUGCCAAACAAAGAUACAAAAAAAUUCUCAAAACCGCAAAUGUUUUCUGUAAAAAAGCGCUUCAAAUUUCACAUUUACAAACAAGCUUAAACAAUAUUUUCUCAAAAACAGCUUCAAAUUUUUCAAUGAAAAUUUCUAUAUGGGACAAGGUUUUACUAUUCUGUAAUAUUCUUAAAGUCUUGUUUCGAUUCUUCUAUUAAAAAGAAGGAAAAUUGAGAGAAAAAGUAGUAUGGCAGCUGGCUAGAGGAUGGGGCAAGACUGAAAACCUAGCCUAGAACAAAGAAAUUAGAAAACUAACUUGUUCGAGAAAGUCUGUGCCAUUCUCUAGCAGCACUAGUUUGGAUUUGUCCUGAGUU